AUGAGUGCAUCUACUGAGAAAGUUUUGGCCUUUGACAUUUCCUUUAUACAGAAACAACUUCCUUGCAGUAUCUCAUCAUCAUUCCUGUGUCUUUCCUCCUCCAGGGAGCAGCCGAUCUUCAGCGCCCGAGCCCAUGUUUUCCAGAUCGACCCCACCACCAAGAGGAACUGGAUCCCUGCCAGCAAACAUGCCGUCACAGUGUCCUUCUUUUAUGAUGCCAACCGCAACGUCUACCGCAUCAUCAGCGUGGGCGGGACCAAGGCAAUCAUCAACUGCACUGUUACACCCAGCAUGACAUUUACCAAGACGUCCCAGAAGUUUGGACAGUGGGCGGACAGCAGGGCCAACACUGUGUAUGGUCUGGGUUUUGCUACAGAGCAACAGCUGCAUCAGUUCUCAGAUAAGUUUAAGGAGGUGAAAGAUGCAGCUCGUCUGGCACGGGAAAAGUCGCAGGAUAAAGAACUGGCCAACACGGCGCUCAACAUCGCUGCUCCUCAGGUGAGCCCCCCCCUUUUAGAAAAAGAUGUGAACAUGAAAGUAGAGCAAAUCUCUGCAGGUAUCAGACAGGAAGUGUAAAUGUGAAACCUUUGUCAGGAGCCACAGAAAUACCCAGUGAUGCAUUUUUUGCAUUUUAGGAUUGGGGAGACACUGUGAGCACAGGCCAAGGUUAGAUGAAUGCACCUCUGUUAGUUUGCAUUAGAUAGGGCCGCUGUGAUUAAAUCAAAGGAGAGAGAGAGAGAGAGAGAGAGAGAGAGAGAGAAGCAAAAGAAAGAUGAGCUGGGUCACUUGUCUCGGAGGGAAGAGAAAGUGAGGGAAACUAGGACGAUGGUAAAAUUAUCCCGUGCCGCUCAGCAGUGCACCACAUCCGCAGUUUCUACCGACUGCUGCCGAGGAGCCUCCGCCUCCAAGUCUGUAAUGAUGAAAAUGUAGUCAGCUCAGGGCCUUUUUUGAUCAAUAGAGAAUAAUUACCCAUCGGUUACAUCUGCUUGGUCAUGAGGAACAUGCCCAUUUCCUUCUAAUUCUACGGCUGAACAGAUUCCAAGUGACGUCUCUCACGCCACGUCUUUAUUGAUUUAAUGAACACACUGGAGAGGCCAAAGCUCCAGAAAAUUGCCAACUGCGUCAAUUAAUUGUGCUUGAUUCUCGCUAAGUAAAGCUGUGCUGCAUAACUGAUCACACUAAGUAUGCUUGUGGUUGUGAUAUUUUUCUAAAAGGUCAUUAUGUAUUGGGAGCUUUGUGAUGACAUGUUUCUUUGUCUGUUUUCCCCACCUGAUGGAUUUCCUCUGUAGUUCUCACAGGUGAGUCUUUGUUAUUGUCCUUUUAUCGUCUCACUCCUGAGAAAAAUUUAUUAUUUGACAGAAACUGUCUCUGGGAGUAAUUUAACACACAAAUAAAUAUGUGUUAAAAUAAACCUUUCUCUUCCUUUCUGUCUGCCCCUGAAUUUAGAAUUUAUGCAUACCUGCUGUGAGUGCAGAUAGCUCUUUAUUUUAUCAGGCCAAAACAGACACCACAGCUAUCUCAGUAAUACAGCUCACCAGUGGUGGAGGAAUUAUCCUUGCUUCACCUGAAUAAAAGUACUGAUACCACACUGUAAAAAUGCUCUGUUACAAGUAAAAGUCCUGCAU